CCUACCAAACUACCGCCCAAUCUCUCUCUUUCUCUGUGCUCGAGCCUGUGUGUCUGUGUUGGUACGGUAACCAAAGUGAUCCCUCUGGGUCGAAACUCGAAAGGCUGAUGGAGAUUGUUUCUCUUAAUAGUGAGCCAUUGUCUGAGGAUGAGAGCAAUGAGCCUGGGAUAAAAAGAGAUUGUGCAACACCAGAUUCUGGUGGUCAAAAAGGUGGAACACUAGGGAAUAAGGAGUUUGUGCCACCUUUUGUGGGAAUGGAGUUUGAUUCCUAUGAUGAUGUUUACAAUUUCUACAAUUGCUAUGCUAAGGAACUGGGAUUUGGCAUCAGAGUAAAGAGUUCAUGGUUUAGAGAAAAGAAUAAAGAUAAGUAUGCUGCAGUACUUUGUUGUAGUAGAGAAGGUUUUAAAAAGAAGCGAGAAACAUACAACUUAAGGCCUGAAACAAGAACUGGCUGCCCAGCAAUGUUGAGGGUUAAAUUAAUGGACUCUGAAAAGUGGAAAGUGAUGGAAGUUAGUCUUGAGCACAACCAUUUAAUCACUCCUGCCAGUGUGCAAUUCUAUAAAUCACAUAAGAGUACAGGUACUGGAACUAAAAGAAAAUCGCGUUCAGAUAGUGAGGCUGAAAUACAAGUAAAUAAGUUGUUGCAAACAUUCACCCUAGACGUGUGGAAUCAUGAAAACGUAAGUUUUGAUGAAAGAGAUGCCUUGCGAUUCUUGGAUCAGGAUGUGAAACUGAAGAUUAGGGAAGGAGAUGCAAAAAGCAUUUUGAAUUUCUUUUGUCGCAUGCAAUUGAUGAGUCCAAACUUUUUUUAUUUGAUGGAUCUCAACAAUGAAGGAAAUGUGAGGAAUGUUUUCUGGGCUGAUUCUAGGUCUCGAUCUGCCUAUCAUUACUUUAGUGAUGUUGUUGCAGUUGACACCACCUAUUUGGCAAAUAGAUAUGAGAUACCAUUAGUGGCAUUUGUUGGGGUAAAUCACCAUGGACAAUUUAUUUUAUUAGGUUGUGGUUUGCUUGCAGGUGAGACAGUAGAGUCAUAUUAUUGGUUGUUGAAGGCAUGGGUUACCUGCAUGCUAGGGCGCACACCAUCUGUUAUAGUCACGGACCAUUGUAGGGCCAUACAAAGAGCAAUUGAUGUGAUAUUCCCAAGAACCCAUCAUCAUAUUUCUUUCUGGCACAUUAUGCAAAAAGUUCCAGAGAAACUGAAAGAAUUGUGUGAAUAUGAAUCAAUUAGAAGUGCAUUUAACAGAGCAGUUUACGAUUCUUUGAGAGUAAAUGAAUUUGAAACAGCUUGGGGGGAUACAAUCCAGAGAUAUGUGAUUGGGAAUCAUGAAUGGAUUCAGAUGUUGCAUGAAGAUCGCCAAAGAUGGGCUCCAGCCUAUUCAAAAGAUGUGUUUCUUGCCGGUAUGUCCACUACCCAACGAAACGAGAGCAUGCAUGCAUUUUUUGAUGGACUUGUGAAUAGACAGACUUCUUUGAAAGAGUUCCUCGACAAGUAUGACUUAGCUAUGCAGAAGAAGCUUCAGAAAGAAGCCAGAGCAGAUUUUGAGUCAAUACAUUUCAAUCCUGUCUUAAAGACAAAAUGUUGUUUUGAAUCACAGCUCUCAAAAGUGUAUACAAGUGAAAUUUUUAAGAAGUUCCAGGUUGAAGUUGAGGAGAUGUUCUCGUGUUUUAAUACAACACAAGUUCAUGUUGAUGGUCCAGUUACAGUGUACAUUGUUAAAGAACGUGUUGAUGGUGAGGGAGGUAGGAGGGAGAUUAGGGAUUAUGAAGUUUUAUAUAGUGCAGCUGAAGUAGAAGUUCGUUGCAUUUGCAACUUGUUCAACUUUAAAGGUUAUCUUUGUAGACAUGCUCUCACUGUCCUUAACUAUAAUGGUGUAGUGGAGAUUCCUUCUCAGUAUAUUCUUCCGCGAUGGAGAAAGGAUUUGAAGCACAUGCAUGUUCCAGAUUAUGGGUCCAACAGUAUUGAUGCCAAUAGCUCAUUGCAAUGGUGUGAGCAUUUGUAUAAACGUGCCAUGCAAGUUCUGGAUGAAGGGUUGAGAUCUAAAGAACAUUGCAGAGUUGCUCUGCAAUCUUUAGAGGAGUUGUUGGACAGGAUUCGUCAAUUAUAGCCCUAUUGAGGCAAGGAUUCCCAGUAUAACAAAACCGGCAGGAUUAAAUUCUGAAAUCUGCAACCAUUGCAAGCUGUUCAUUUGGAAGCAAAAGAAAUUGAGGACAAGCCCAUGAAACAAGGUUCUGUAAGAGCAUUUGAAGGCCUAAAUACUGGUGCUGUACUUUUACAUUAAUUUCACUACAAACUGUGCUAUAUUUGUGUCUGAUAUUUUCCAAUCUAUGUUUCAUAGUUGUAAAAGAAAGAGGCUUAAAGAGCACAUUGGUUUUGCUGUGGACCACUGUGCUGAGGUAUCACCAAAUCUUGGGAACCUCAUUGGCAGAUGAGAGGCAUCAUUAUGACUGGUUAGAAGUCUAAAAUGCUUUGCAAUUUUUUUUAUGUACUUUUAAUAACUCUGUAAUUGCAUAGUAUGCAAUCAGCACCCAACUAAAUUAACAAUUGGAUCUAGCUUUUAAA